CAGUUGCACUACGGUGUAAAGUAUUCUACCGCGUUACGUUUUACGUAAUAAUGCCGUUAAAAAUUCUGUCUCGUUUAAGGCAAAUUGGAUCGGCCGCAGGCGGACCGAUUAAAAUCGACCAGACAACUCAAACAGAUACCUUGUCGCGCUAUUUCAAAGCUCGUCCGAGCCGUGUCCGCUACAUAUCUAUAAUUACUAGAUACGCUAUAUAAAUACACGCAUACCUAUACACUUUUCUUCGCGAAGCCAUGUCUCAUCCCCGUAUCCUGAUAAUCCUGUCGAUGUUUGUUUAUUUUUAUGAAUCAUAGGCACAAGCUAGCGCCGCCACCGCGCUUUGCGGACUAAAAAAGCGAAGCCAACGCGGAGAAAAUGUAUUGAGAAAAAUGUUUUGACUUUGGCCGUAAAAUUUCAUUGGAAAAAGUUUAAGAGAAUAAUCGCCUGGACGCGAGAUAAAAGGGACACAGACUCUCGUAUCGUGUAAGAUCUCUUCUCACGAUAUCAUCGUAUAUUUGCCAGUUUUCCGGGAUAGCGCCACGAAUAGCGCCACGUUUGUCGUAACCUCGAUACGUUGUCGGGACAGAGUGGCAGAGCAUCGGCGAACUCACGGCGCCGCCCGAUUUUCAAACUUUAUUCUACGCGUUACUAGUUGGCUGGUUGGAUCGUUUCGAGUCCGGGCUACUAUCCUUAAAAGAGGCAAAGAUCGAAACUUUCGGAAAUAGACGAUAUCUUCGUAGCGUUGGUUAAUUGCAAGUAGAAAGCUAGUCUUCCCUAGUUUUGUUUCUACUUUUUCAUCUCGUACGAAAGGGGAUCGAGCAAGCGAGCGACAGAGACAGAGACGGGGAUAGAAAAAGUAGAAACGAAGGGAGAAGGAAGAACGAACGCGAAGAGGAGAAAAGAGACGCAGUGAAUCAAAGCGAGAAUGGGUCAGAGAGAGGUGUCGGGGGAGCAAUGCGGCUGGGGUGUGAGGGAGGAGAGGGCAAAGGGACGGGGUGUAUCGGAGGGUGAAGUUGCGCGGAGUGGAAAGCGGAUAAAAGAGACGGGAGGAUGCGCGCAGGCGUGAAACGGACGCGGUGAACGCUCGGCAUCCGCGUGGCGCGAGUUAGAAGUUGGCUUCGCGCUUUUAGUCUCAGCUCGUGUCCCUUGUCUCGUUCAUCCUCGUUCACCCGUCUUCGUAGAGGAACGAAGAACCAAGAGUCGUUGCCGAGACAUCGAAUUCGUCCCGACCGAGUCUCGAGUCGUCGAACUUGCAAAGGCAAGGGGAAAGCAAAGGAAAGGAAAAGAAGUUAAGAGAAAGAAAAAAGAAAAGGAAAGAAAUGCAUGGCGUUACGAUGAAGCAUGUCGAUGAUCCGGUCGGCGUUGACCGUUCUCAUGUUUCGAUGUUUGGUACGAAACGCGUCCUUUCGUAGCAUCGAAAGAGCACAUUUCGAUGGAAAGCGCGACCGGAAAAAGAGAAAAUGUCCGAGAAGUGUACAAUCGGCGAGCCGCAGAUACAAAAAGUGGGACAUGACGGCAUUCUCGAAGACAAAAUAGGGAAAAAGAAAAGUACCGCGCAACGACGAUGGCGCAUCCUCGCUAAGGCGCUGAUCGGCCCCCAGGAACCAAUUUCGGUGGACACGGAGCACGAGAUCUCGGUUCGCCGUUUCACCAGUUUCGACUUGUUAAGAGUGGACCGCAUGGAGAGCAGUGCCGCGGAUCCAGAUUCCGCAGUUUGGUACGAAUAUUCGACAGUUUUAGAGAACAAGCUGUUUACCGUAGAGAUCCGUCGAUUAAACAAGAAUUUUACUGCGAACGAAUUGAUCGGCUUCAACAAUACCGGCAACAUCUGCGUCUGGCCGUCGGAGGAAUGUUUGGCAUACUAUUUGUUGAAAAACCGACAGCUGUGUCGAAACAGAAAAGUCCUCGAACUCGGCGGCGGUAUGAGCUGUCUGGCAGGGGUGAUCGUCGCCAAGUACUGCGAUCCGAAGGAAAUCGCACUGACAGAUGGCAACGUGACCAGCGUGAACAACGUACGACGUAUCAUAUUUAGGAACGGUAUGACCGAUUUCGUGGAUUGCGGCGUGGUUCAAUGGGCCAAAGCGGCCAGGGCGAUCAGGGCAGCCAGAUCGGUCAGGGCGUUCGCACACCCGCACCCCAACGGCCUUCGAGUCAAGAGCUGGACUGGCGGCGCCAAGGAUGUUGCAAAAUUUACGGGAAAGCUAUACGACGUGAUCCUGUGCGCGGACUGUCUCUUCUUCGACGAGGCUCGGUCAGACUUGGUGGAAACGAUCUACGGUUGGCUGGCAAACGACGGCGUCGCCUUGGUGAUGGCGCCAAGACGAGGAUCUACUUUCGAGCAAUUCACCGAAGCAGCGGUAAAACGAGGUUUCGUCGCGCGGCGAAUAGACCGUUACGAUGGAAUGAUUUGGUCGAGGCAUCUGGAGCUGUUGGAGCACAGCCAGGAGUAUUGUCCAGACCUCCAUUAUCCGAUCCUUUUGGAGCUGACCAAGCAAAAGAAAACGUCACCCGGAUGAUACGUGUCGAUGGUCGAGCAGCUCGCCAACAAGAUCACCAUCCACAUCCACAUCUAGAUUCAAAGAGUUCCUCCCUGGCCCAUUUUAUCUCGAUUCCGGGCCAUUCCCUUAUACCAUUCCGUUACUACCCGACUAGUUUAGCUUUUCCACCCGAUCGAUUUUUACCUCUUUUUCUCUGCUUUUUCCUCUAUGCAGUCUUCUCUCGAAUGGGCAAUCGAAUAUUUUUCGCCAUCCAUAUCCGUUCUUCGAAUAUACCUAAUAUCAUAAGUAGCUACCAAUUUAAAGCAACUACGAACGUGAAAUCGUACUAUCGAGUAUAAUCGAAUCGUUCGAAAACGCAUUCGAUGAAACGUUAACCGAUAUACAUACGUGUUUCUACUAUUAAUCGAUAGUUACGGUUAAAGAUUGCUUUUCCAUUACACGAUACGCGUUACCCGAACCAGUUGUAAACGAUAGUAUUUCAAGUACCUGAUGUUAGACUGAUAGAAGCGAAAAAUGGCAAUGGCGAUUCUCGUAAGUGCACUGGGACAGUUUAUCGCUGCGAGAAUAGAAAAGAAAUUGGCAUUCGUACGUAUCCAGCGUGGAUUAUAGAAAUAGUCGUGCGAUUGUACGAUAAAGGAAACGUAAAGAAAAGGACACGGUAAAGGCGUAUACGGUAACACGUAUACACGGUUUAUCCGAUAACGCUUGUUUCGUUCCUCCCCUCGUUAGACUUUAAGAAAUCAAUUUUUCCUAAAAACGGCACAUGUUUGUCCGUGUUUGAAGAAAUUUCGAGUUUUCUUUCAUAUAUCAACGCUGUUAUGACAGCAACGGUCGGCGUACGAGCAGAUCGAAGCUAACGACCAACGUCAAUCGCUAUCGUAAAUCUUCUUCGCGAAUGCUUUUUGCCGUUUAUAUGCCACCUUUUCGAUCUAGCUUUCAAUCGAGGGUCCAAAACGAUCUUUCUACGAGAUAAAGACGAAAGACUUUUUUACAUGUAGCCGUAUGUAUAUACGUACUAUGGAUCCGUAUAUCGUUGCGCGUUUCAGCAGCUCUUUAAGUUCGAUUAAAAUUAUCUUUUUUUUCUUUUUUUUUUUUUUAAAUAAACGCUCCAUAAACAAACGAACUUUCGAAUUAAUCCAGCGAUGCGGUAUACGUACAAAGUGUAUAUACAUCGCGGUAAAUGCCAAUUCGAACUACGCGAUUAAUAUUUAUACGUACGCGUAAAUAUUUAUUCGUUCGUAUCGAUCGAACGAAAAUGAUUUUUCUGAAAUAUCUGAAAUCCUGAUGAUUACCAAGUAUAGCACAAUUUCCUCCCUUUCCUUUUCCCUCCUUCUCUUCGUUCCUUUCCUGCUUUAUCCUCCUUUUAUCUAUAUAUUUUCUUUCACCUUUUCCCUUACAAACGAGUUGCAGCGCAGACCGAACAAUUACUACAAAGGACCAACCUAGUUCAGCAUAGUCAAAGCUACCAAAUUUCCAUUGUUGCGUACUUAUCUGUAUCAUUACGGAGAUAACGACGAGUAUUUGUACGUACGUGCGUAUGUGAGUAUAGAUGUAUGUGUGUCAGAUAUGUAAGGAAAUUAUUACAAAUAAAAUAUUUUCACUUAUUCCUUUGAA